GGGUCCCCUCUGUAUCAGUGCAAGUCAAGGCACAUAGCAGAAACCACCGCCUGGAGGUAAAGACGCACAGGAGUGAAUCUGCAGUGGUGUUGGAGAGCAAGAAGCUAAUUCUAUGUACCCCUCAGAGCGGUCGAGUUAACGCUGCUGCAGAACAACUAGCCGCACUCCAAGCCAGGGUUUUUUUUUCUAUGCAACUGUUGCGCGUCUCCACUUUGGAUAGAAAUAGCCAGAUCACUGCGCGCCGCAGAGCGCAAAGGAUCUGAGGCUGUAGGCUUGGAAAGAGUGGGAGAGAUCUCUCCUCCGGACUGCUGAGGCUACGAUGAGGAAAUUUUGAAGUGGCAGCACUCCUCCGUCCACUUUACGCUUCCUUUGGCUGUUACCAAAGGGUUAGCCCAUGUGCAGGUAUCCUCGAGAGUGUGAUUCUGUUUUCACCCAGAUCUCUGCUGCCUGGACAAAUGCAUACAAAUGCAUUUAGGAGCUCAACGGACAAGGAGUGGACACGUUUCCGCGGCAGCAACGUGGAACUUUCUCCUGCUCCUGUCAGUAUGCUCAGCAGUACUCUCUGGAGAAGAAGAUUACAUAGCUCAAGGAGUGGAUAUCCUCUAUCGAUUGGGGCUUACAACUCAAAGCAGCACAGACAAUCCCUACGAAAGGACGAGUUCCCCUCCUACCACUUACACCAAUGUUCCUUCACACUUGGAUGUUCCUGGAUAUGGGGUGUUACUCGACUCAAGCUCCCUCUAUGAGGCUCCAGCAGGCGAUCUGUUCCCACCGGAGUUUGGUGAGGAGUUUUCUGUCGUGGUUAGCCUGAGCUCCUGGCGAGCAAACAAUGCUUUCAUUUUUAGUAUCAAAGAUAGCAGGAACAGGCUGCGUUUUGGCAUUCAGCUGCUGCCACGCAGAGUGGUGGUUUAUACUGCUGAGAAAGCCUCCAUCUACUUCACCUACAACUGGCAGGAUGGGCGCCAGCACCCUUUUGCUGUUGGUGUUCGUGCGCGUUCAGUGUCCUUCUAUGCGGAUUGUGGAGCAGUGCAACAGCAAGAGCAGACCCUGGGGAGAUCUCAAACACUGGCAGAAUCUGGAGGUCUCUUUACUCUGGGGAGAAUGAACUCCAAGGCGGCACCAUUCAGUGGUCGAGUCUGCCAGCUAGAUAUCUAUCCCUCUGCCCAAGCUGCCGCGCACUACUGCAACUACCUAAAAAAACAGUGCCGGCUGGCCGACACUUACCGAUUGCCUUUAUCACGUCCUGGUUUGGAUAUUGAGGCAAAUGACCCCCCUUCUAGCCCUUUGAUAAAGUCCCUUCAUGGAGUAGCAGCUACCCAUCAUACCCCCAUCAAAGCCACAGCAGCUGUCAAACUGUCCACAGGUAGUUUCCUCACACAGUAUUCAACAUUGAGCCCACCAGUACAACCUCAUCUCGGGGACCAGAGCCACAUUUCGACAUUGGAACCCCUAUCCCACCCCACUACAUCCUCACUUCAGCCUGACAGCUCCACCUUAUCGACUCCAAGAAAGCAAGCAUCUCUGCAUCUCGCAUAUGGCACAACUAUCACCACUACCAAAAAUGUGUUUGCUAAGAGCAGUAGGCCUCAGGGGGACACUGAUCACUCUGAAAACAGCACAGAGGAAGAGAGCAGCUCUGGGGGCCAGCAGACUCCAGACGCCACCCCAGGCCUGAUUUCCACUGUCAGGCAAAGUCGAGUGAAGGAAGGACUCAGGAACAAUUCCAUCACCAGCACCAGGGAAUCUCACUUUGGGCUUCAACAGAAUCAUCAUGUCCUGGAGACUCAUCUGAAAGCCAAUGGCACCACUUUGUACAGGGAGAAUCAGGUGGACACCUCAGAACAUCAUGAUUUGGACGGCAGCUAUGACGACGUAGACAUGGGAGGAUAUGAUUAUGGAUAUGAGGAGCCAGACUUCUUCUAUGACUAUGAAGAUGGUUUCCGUGGCCCCAAAGGAGAGCCAGGUGAUCCGGGUCCUCCUGGUCCCCCUGGUUUACCUGGUCCUCCAGGAAAAAGAGGUUCUCGGGGCCCCACUGGUCCACAUGGAAACCCAGGACAGCCUGGACCACCUGGGCCCAAGGGUUCAAAGGGAGACCCUGGUCUGUCUCCAGGCCAGGCUCCUCUGGGAGUGAAGGGCGACAGAGGUCCAGCAGGUCUACCUGGGCCAGACGGAUUUCCCGGUCCACCGGGUCCGAAAGGUUAUCCAGGUCCAUUUGGGCUUCCAGGAGAACAAGGCAUACCAGGACCUCCUGGGGAAGCUGGGGCUGCAGGUUACCCUGGCAGGCAGGGCUCAGCUGGGCCACAAGGUAGCCCCGGGCCUAAAGGUGUCCGUGGCUUCAUUGGGCCUCCUGGUGUUGCUGGACCACCAGGGCUGGAGGGUGAGAGAGGCAUUCCCGGUCCGAUUAGGAAACCUGGUCCCAAAGGAAGACAUGGUGUGGUGGGUGAUGCAGGAGAAAGAGGGCCACCUGGACCAGAUGGCAGCGAGGGGCCUACAGGUGGGACUGGCAUCAGUGGCUUUCCUGGUCUGAGGGGGGACACAGGGCUUGAGGGACCACGAGGAAUUCCAGGUCUGGUGGGACCUCAGGGCCCACCAGGACGAGCUGGCCUGCCUGGAUUGAAAGGUGAUAAGGGUGAAAUGGGACCAAGGGGCGAGCCAGGAGAGAUGGGGUACCAAGGUGACAAAGGUGCUGCUGGUGCACCUGGUCCUGCUGGGCCCAGAGGGAAACCAGGACCACCGGGUAAAACUGGAGAAAUGGGGCCACAAGGACCACCUGGGCCACCAGGACCUGAGGGGUUUCCUGGGGACAUUGGAGUGCCAGGACCCAAUGGUCCACCUGGUCCAAAGGGUUUGCAGGGUGCAAGAGGGCCACAAGGCCCGCCAGGGCCCAAAGGAACACCGGGUGAGGAAGGACCACUUGGCCCACCUGGCAGCACUGGCCCUAAUGGGAGACCUGGAAGGAAAGGCUACAUAGGUGAACCUGGCCCCGAGGGUUUAGAGGGAGAGAAAGGGGACAUGGGAAAUGUUGGAAAAAUCGGACCGCAAGGUCCAAUAGGCCUGAUCGGGAUAGCUGGGGUGAUAGGAGUUCCCGGUGAAAAGGGGGACCGGGGACCAGCAGGUCCAACAGGUCCGGUUGGAGAGAAGGGGCCAAGGGGUUAUCCAGGGUUGCCAGGAGGUCCAGGAGACAUCGGCCUGCAAGGUGCACCUGGUCCACAGGGACAGAGGGGAAUUUCAGGCAUUGCUGGGUCAAAGGGUAGAAUGGGGCCUCGGGGUCCUGAUGGACCACUGGGAGAACCAGGUCCUGAGGGAACCAAGGGUGAAAAGGGUGGAAUUGGACAAAAAGGAGAGCCAGGAUUCAUAGGCAAGGCUGGCAGUCCAGGAGAGAGAGGCUCGCCUGGGAAGCCUGGUAAACCAGGUAUUCCAGGCAGCACCGGGGAGAGGGGGCCCCAAGGUGAACCAGGGCCCAAAGGACCUCCUGGAGAGGCUGGACCUGAUGGAGAGCAAGGAUCUGAGGGUCUGCCAGGUAUAGAGGGAGAACCAGGUGCCAUUGGAGAACCAGGGUCAAAGGGUGAUGCUGGGCCUCCAGGACCUGAAGGGGAGCAGGGACAGGAGGGAAUGAGAGGUCGUCCUGGUCCUCCUGGUGAAGACGGCCCUCAAGGGAAAGAUGGAGCCAAGGGUGAGCCUGGUGAGCGUGGGCCAAUUGGAGAACCAGGGGACAAAGGGACAGAAGGAGACCCUGGGCCCCUAGGACCUCCGGGACAGCCUGGUAAACAAGGUUUUCGUGGAAACGAAGGAAAACUGGGUCCACCAGGGAACAGAGGUCGGCAUGGAAAGAAAGGAGAAAGGGGUCCUCCAGGUGUAGCUGGGGAGACUGGCUCUCGUGGAGACAUCGGCCAGCCAGGCGAGGCGGGUCUGAAAGGUGCCAGGGGAACUCGAGGCACACCUGGACGUCCUGGAGUCAUGGGGUUAGAGGGACAACCAGGACUGGCAGGAUAUCCCGGUCACUCUGGCAAACCAGGGUCGAUUGGACCACCAGGGCCAAAAGGUGAAAAGGGUUACCCAGGCGAGGACAAUAAGACCCCAGGACCACCAGGGCCCUUAGGUGAACCAGGGCCUCUGGGAGAACGAGGAGAACGUGGAGAGCCAGGGGAUGAAGGAUAUCAGGGCCAUAUUGGUACCACUGGAUCUCGUGGGGCUGUCGGACCACAAGGCCCACCGGGAUCACCAGGCUUCCCUGGAGAGCCAGGCCCAAAAGGAGAAAUAGGAGCUCUGGGUGCAGCAGGAAAGAAAGGAGGAAGGGGUCUGACUGGAGCUCCUGGCGCUGAAGGUCCUACUGGUUUACCUGGACUUGUGGGAAUGAAUGGUUACCCAGGACCGGAUGGUCCCCCAGGACUGACUGGCUUACCAGGACUACCAGGAAAACAAGGACGACAGGGUCAGAGAGGUUUGGUGGGACAUGAGGGACCUGUUGGACGUCCAGGUCCCAGGGGAGAAAUUGGACUUCCUGGACCACUUGGAGAAAGAGGACCGCCUGGUCAGAAGGGUGAACCUGGUCUGCCAGGGGACAGGGGAGCCUCUGGAAUCAAAGGCAUGGAGGGGGCUACUGGUGACCAAGGCAGAACAGGAGACCCAGGAGCCAAAGGACAACCAGGGGAGUCUGGAGAUCUGGGAAUGGUUGGUUUACAGGGCUUUCCAGGGCCAAAGGGGCCGAAUGGUGAUUUAGGACUGAGAGGCUUUCCUGGCCCUAGAGGCCCUAUGGGUACUCUGGGAUUCACUGGACCUGUAGGCCCUGAGGGAACGAUGGGCCCAAUGGGAAAACCAGGACCACAGGGUCCAAAAGGAAACAAUGGAGAAAUGGGGCCUCAAGGACCACAGGGAAGUCCAGGGCCCAGAGGACCCCCUGGUGCUCCCGGUCCAGCAAGGCAGGUAUAUGAUGACUUGGCAGUCUACAGUUUUUCUGACUCCAAUGCAGCCCUCAGGACAGAGAGUUUCCAGAGCAUGGAGAUGAGCCUUCCAGACCAGAAUACGGAGAUACUCAAGACCCUCCGUUACCUGAGCAGUGUGAUUGAAAGUAUCAAAAAGCCUCUCGGCACUAGGGAGAACCCAGCUCGUGUCUGUAAAGACCUGCUGGACUGUCAGCACAAGCUCACAGAUGGUUGGUUCUGGGUUGAUCCAAACCUGGGCUGUACCUCUGAUGCCUUCAAGGUCUUCUGCAACUUUACUGCAGGGGGACAGACGUGUUUACAUCCAGUGGCAUCUAAUAAGAUGGUGUUUGGUGCAAGUAAAGUCCAAAUGAAGUUUCUCCACUUACUGAGCACUGAGGCUAGCCAAAGCAUCACGCUUCACUGUUUAAGUGAUCCACCCUACGGCACCACAGACGGCUUCAGCUCCACCGGACCCUCACACAGAGAGAACACCAGGCUUCGGUUCCGUGGCUGGAACAAGCAGAUAUUUGAAAAAGACACACUACUUGAACCACAUGUGCUACAAGAUGAGUGCAAGAUCCAAGAUGGCAGCUGGCACCAGUCACGUUUUGUCUUCCAUACUCAGGACAGUCGUCAGUUACCUAUUGUAGACAUACAGGACCUUCCCACUGGACAGCUCAACAGUCAGCAACACAUAGAAAUCAGUCCAGUCUGCUUCCUCUGACACCGACAUCACCGUCCUGUAGCCCACUCACAUAAACCACUUAAAUCCUCUGAUGUUUAAGAAAAGCUUCCUACCAAAGAGAUGGUUGCACAGCAAGCUGCAGCAAGUGUCCAUGAGAGUUCGUUGUGUUUACUGGAGAGCGUUAAUGGGACUUUGUGAGAGUAACAAAUGCCCAAUGUCCAACCAGGCAGACCUACAUGGAGGAACUCGGUCUCUGUGGAACAUCAUGGCCAAGAAGGCCAAAGGAGAACAGUGUAUACCGAUAUUUAUCAAAUCAAUGUGUAAAGUAUGUUUUGUUUGUUAAAUUUUCAGUCAAUCAGUGCUUAGGUUUGCUGCAAAUGGACCCACACAGGAGUAGGGUUCACGUCGCAGCAUCCUAUCUAAACCCCAAAUCUCACACCUCCCUUCACCCCCCCACCCCACCCCACCCCAAACACACCAUCCUAAUAAGCAGAGGCCCAACCGAAGGAUCGUGCCAGGCCUCUGCUUAGGGCACUGUCAAACUAAAGGUUUAUAUGAGUGCAAUAGCAUGUGGAUAAUGUAUGACUGCUUUAAAUAUUCCACUUUCAAUCAGAGGCUGUAUUUGACAUUGUUUCAUGAUAUUUUUGUCUUUGGUCCUACCCAGUCGGACCCAUACAUCUUGACAGAUGGUGCUCUACCUCUACCCGCUUAUUUGCUUUCUAGAAUAGUUGCUAAUGUCAAGUUAGACAUUUUUGCCUUUGUGUUGUAUGUACCGGUUACAUCAAGAUUUGUUAUAUUGUAUAAGUACUUAUGUUGAUUCGGUCAUUUCUAAUUUAUGAACCAUUUUUUGAUACACUACAUGUUUUUGUAGCUUUUCCUUCUAUGUGGUAGGUUCCUCAGGGGAAACCUAUCAGUGGUGCUGCAACAAAGAAUGAGUCAUCAGUGACAUUUCCUGUGUAUAUAUUGACAGCAUACUGUUUGUUUAUUUAUAACCUUUUAUUUUUUUUUUUGUUCACAUUACUGUAAAGCAGUAAGUUAUACUCUCAGAGAACUAUUUGGUCAACCACAACUCAGUCUAAAGAAGUAUUUAUGUUUAAAAGGUGUGAUUGUGCGUCCACACUUGUGACUGUAUGUUUAUCGUACUGCUUUCUCAGUUCUUUCAGAGGUGGUUUGGUGGACUGGCAGCUACAGUAGGCCAGAGUCAGAAAACGCAGAAAUCAGUCAUCAUAUUCUUAACUUAUAUUACGUUUAAAGUGUAAUUAUAUAAAUUCUGUGGAGGAUAAAGUUGGAAACAAAUGUGUAAAUAAUAAAAAAUUUACAAACAAAUAAAUGGAACAUUUUAUCCACAAA